AUGCUGAACAAAAUCAUUGUCAAUCAGUACAAUCUAUGGCUUGUCAUAUUCGUUGCCCUAGGCACGAUAUCGACGGCCUAUGGUUUAGCAGUUAUCGGCUCGACUGUCGGUCAACCCAACUUCUAUACCUACUUCAAUCUGGCUACAGCUGGCGAACCUGGAUAUGACCAUACCACCAACAUGAUCGGUGCCCUGAAUGGCGUGAACUCGGCUGGCGCUAUCGCGGGUUGCAUCUUUCAAGCAUGGGCUGCCGACUAUUAUGGUCGAAAACACACUCUGCAGAUAGGCUGUAUUGUCUUGAUCAUCGGUGGAGCUCUUUGCGCGGGAGCCUAUGACAUGGCCAUGUUCCUUGUCGGCAGAUUCGUUGCUGGCGUUGGGGCCGGUGUCCUUGCCUGUAUCGUACCCAUCUACCAGGCUGAAGUUUCAACCCCUGAAACACGUGGUGCUAUGGUCUGUGUUACAGGAAUUAUGUACGCUUUGGGCUACAGUCUUGCCGGGUGGCUCGGAUAUGCAUGCUACUACAUGAAAGCCGACAAUCCAGCAGCUCAAUUCUCAUGGCGAUUCCCUUUAGCCUUCCAAAUCUUCUUCCCCAUUGUCGUACUUGCUGGCAGCAAGUUGAUUCCAUACAGUCCACGAUGGCUUCUCUCCAAAGGCCGACGGCAAGAAGCCCUCGACAUAGUCAAGCGCCUGCAUAGAUCCCCUUCGGAUUCAGAGGACACCAAGGCACGUCAAGAAUUCUGGCUCAUGGAGAAACAAUAUGAAAUGGAUGCUUCCAUGUCCUUUGGAAAAUUCGAACUCUUCAAGACAGCCGCCAACAGGAAGCGAGCCCUCAUGGCCUUUAUGCUAAUGUGGGGAGAUCAAUUUUUGGGUAUCUUCGUAAUGACAAACUACGGUGUCCUCAUUUACGCCAGCUUAGGACUCAGCGGCUCGAUUCCCCUCCUUCUCAACGCAUGCUGGACCACGCUCACCAUCGUCGGCAAUACCUGGACGGCGCUGUACAUUGACCGCUUCGGGCGACGGCUCUUCAUGCUGAUCGGCUCCGCAGGGUGCAUCGCGUCGCUCAUCUUUCUGUGCUCGCUGACGGCAUCCUUCCUCAACACGACCAACAAGGCUGGUCUCAACGCCGCCGUCUUCUUCAUCUGGUUCUACAUUUGCUGGUGGUGCUUCUUCAUCGACGCCACGCAGUAUGUCUACGUCGCCGAGAUCUUCCCAAACCACCUGCGGCCCUACGGUGUCGCCCUGGGCCUCUCGUCCUUCUACCUCGCCAGCGAGGUCACACUUGUCGGCGCCCCCGUCGCUCUCAACAAGAUCGGCUGGAAGUUCUAUCUCGUUCUCAUCAUUCCCAGUGCCGUCUACUGGUUCGUCAUCUACUUCUUCUUCCCCGAGACCAAGGGUCGCACACUUGAGGAGAUCGGCGACGUCUUCGGCGAUGACCUCCACGUCGCCAGCCACUGGUACAGCGCCACGCCCGAGGAGAAGGCCCGUAUGGCCGAGCAGGCUCUGCGCGAGACCGAGGGCGGCAUCGUGCGCGAGAAGGGCUACCGUGGAAGUGACUCUUCUCCUCCCGUGGAGGUCGCCCCGGACACCAAAACCGAGGCCCUUGAGACCGAAGACACCAACGUUUCCAAGUGA